UAAAAAUGAAUUGAAAGGGCGGAUGGGACGCAUCGAGUAACAGAAAAACCCAAUUAACACUUAGAAAUGGUCAUGUAUUUCAUGGUUCAUCCUAUAAAUAUGCUUUUUUGUUUGGGUUAGAAUUUUAAAACAAAGCAGUUUCGUAAUCAAAUAAAAACUCUGGCAGCAAAUUACUAUAGGGUGCUUCUUCUUGUUGUUUUCAAGGCAGAAGAAGACAGUGACUGGGCCUGAGACAUGGAAGGAACCGAGAGUGGUCGUCCUCCUCAUCAUCCUCUUCUUCGAGGUGGGAGAAGAGAAACCACUUACAGUCAUGGAUUCUCUCCAGAUCAAAUUCAAGCUUUGGCCGCCAUUUGUGGGACUCUUAUUCCUUCCCUUCCACUCGAAACCAUCAACAACGAAAACCCAGCUGACAAAUCGCUUCAUGCUUUCUAUCAAGCCUCCGGGUCUCAGUAUCCUAUUCCUGAUGAGGUAGCAGAGCUGAUAGUGAAGAGGGUUCAACCAGAAGCUGUGCUCUUACUGAGCUUGGUGCUGAAGAUUCUGUCAUUCAGACUGGGGACGUUAUUGCUUUGUGGGUUUAGUUGCUUUGAUUGGAAAUGGCCAUUCCUUCACAAGUUUUCUGAACUCCCUUUGGAGAAGAGAGAAGAAAUUCUGAGAAAAUGGUCUGGGCAUAGACAUCUUAUACCUCCUCUUAGAAUAGUGUUCGUGUUGAUUAAACUCUUCUGCUUCUACAACUUUUACUCAAGGACUGAUGAGAAUUCUGAGAAUCCAGCAUGGAAAGCAAUGGGAUAUCAUCUAGACUCUACCAGGGAAAACUUAACCAAAAUCCCCAAGGAGAGACCUCUUGAAAAUGGAAUUAUAGAAACCAUGCAUGAAAGUGAUUCUACUUUUCUUCAAUCUCUCACUCAGAAAGGCCUUGAUGUCAUUGAAGAUCCAAAUAACAACAUCUACAAAAUCAGAUGUGAUGCUGUCGUUGUUGGUUCUGGUUGCGGUGGAGGUGUUGCAGCUGCAGUGCUUGCCAAGUCUGGCCAAAAAGUAAUCGUCAUUGAGAAAGGGAACUAUUUUGUGUCAACGGAUUACUCUUCUUUGGAAGGUCCUUCACUGAAUGAGCUAUAUGAAUCCGGUGGACUCUUAGCAACUGUUGACGGGAAGGUAAUGAUACUAGCUGGCUCCACAGUUGGGGGAGGUUCAGCUGUAAACUGGUCUGCAUCAAUCAGAACACCAGAUGCUGUACUCCAGGAAUGGUCGGUGGAUAAAAAAAUUCCAUUUUUUGCAACUUCUGAUUAUCAAUCUGCCAUGGACGCAGUGUGUAAGCGGAUUGGCGUUACAGAUUCUUGUACAAAUGAAGGCUUUCAAAAUCAAGUUCUACGAAAAGGGUGUGAGAAUCUCGGUCUUAAAGUUGUCUCAGUUCCAAGGAAUUCCUCAGCAAACCAUUACUGUGGUUCUUGUAAUUAUGGUUGUCCAGCAGGAGGCAAACAAGGGACUGACACUACAUGGCUAGUUGAUGCUGUAGAGUACGGCGCAGUGAUUUUAACAGGAUGCAAAGCUGAGAGAUUCAUAUUGAAAAACGAUGGAAAUGGAGGGAUAAGAAAGAAAUGCUUUGGGGUAAUGGCAACUACUUUGAACAAUAAAAUCACAAAGAAACUUCAAAUUGAAGCAAAAGUGACAAUUUCAGCAUGUGGGUCUCUCUUGACUCCUCCUCUCAUGAUCUCAAGUGGACUCGGCAAUCCUAACAUUGGCAAGAAUCUCCAUCUUCACCCUGUCCUUUUAGCCUGGGGAUACUUUCCAGAACAAACAUCAGAAUUCAAAGGCAAAAGUUUUGAGGGAGGAAUCAUUACCUCACUACAUAAAGUGACUGCCGGCAACAACAAUGUUCGUGCCAUUGUAGAAACUCCUGCAGUGGGACCUGCCUCAUUUGCCGCACUAUUUCCAUGGAUUUCAGGCCUUGACAUGAAAGACAAGGUGGUGAAGUAUGCGAGACUAGUGCACCUAUUUGCACUGGUUAGAGAUCAGGGUUCAGGAGAGGUCAAAGAAGAACGUAAGAUCAAAUACAGAAUGAAUCAGUUCGACAAAGAGAAUCUUCAAACUGGUCUGAGACAGGCAAUAAGAAUUUUGGUUGCGGCUGGAGCUGUGGAAGUUGGCACGUAUAGGAAUGAUGGACAGAGAAUAAAGUGUAAAGGGAUAAAGGAUGAGGAAUUGGAGGAGUUUUUGGAUACAGUGAGUGCAGUUGGAGGGCCGAGGUCCAGGGGUGAACAAUACUGGACAAUAUACUGUUCUGCACAUCAGAUGGGAAGUUGCAGAAUGGGGGCCACUGAAGAAGAAGGUGGAGUUGAUGAGAAUGGUGAAAGCUGGGAAGCAAAAGGGUUAUUUGUAUGUGAUGGGAGCGUGCUUCCAACUGCAGUUGGGGUUAAUCCCAUGAUUACCAUCCAAUCCACGGCAUAUUGCAUUUCUAGCAAGAUUGCCGAGUCUUUGAAAAAAGACAAAUCUAUCAUAGAAAGUUAACUUAUCUUUGUUAUUGUAUUGAUUGAGUACGAAAAUUCGUAAUAAUGCGCAUUGUCAUCUUUUUUUUACCCUUUCA